AUGACAGGUCUGAUUGAUAAAUAUCUGAAGUGUGUACGUUCUGGAGGAGAUGUAUCAGAAAUCAUGGGCGAGAUACAAAAUCUUCUCGCUAAUAAAACCUUUUCUGGUAUCUCGAGCGCAAGUCUCAAUAAAUUUGUUUUUGGAAGUGAUGGCCUCAUCAAUUUCUGCAAUACUCCUGAUGAGAAGUGCGAACGUGCAGUUACAAUAAUCCUGCUGCUUGUUAAGUGUCGCUUACUAACACCUAAUGUUUUGAAUCAGAAAAAGAAAGAAGUUUUAGUUUCUGCAGUUUUAAGUGCACUCAAAAAAAGUAAAGUGGAAGAAUUAUGGACAAACAGUCUUCCAUUUUUAAUGAGUGAGUAUAAUGUUGAGGUUUUUGGCUCCUGCAAAGCAUUGGUUGAUACACUAUGCGACUUCCUCUUGCAGCUACACACAUCAUCAGGGCAAAACUCUGAGGCUUUUAAAGAUGCCUGUUAUGCCUUCAGCAAAUUGUGGGAUUCUCAGACGUGUCUGUUUUUACGCCAGCCUACAUUGACUGCUUUACACUCUGUGGUUCAAAUCUUGGCUUUUGGAAUGACCCUAGCAAAACUUGUCCCAGAGACGUAUAUGAAGAAUUUGCACAUUUUAUCUGUAAAACUGAAAAAAAUUGGAUUGAAGUUACAGAGCAGUGGUUUGAUUCCUAAAGCCCACUUUUUCAGUAUCCGAGAUGUUGUUGAUUUAUCCCCAUCGAAGAUGCUUUGUAUGAUCGGUGAUCUUUUGCCGCAUGAACCCUACCCAGUUUUAGGUAUUUUGGACCAACUUGUGUAUAUAUUCCCAGCCUUUAUAAUGGAUGAAUCAACUUUGUCUAAAAUUAUCGAAAUCCUAAUGCGUGCGAUCCGCGUAUCUUCUCAGGACAAUUGUGAUAUCGAUUGUGAAACAAAAGCUUCAGCUGAAAUAUCUGAAGAACCUUCUGUUUUAGCUUUGGAUAUAUUUGUUAGACUGGUUGACACUUUAUCCAGUCAUGGUUCGAAGCUCACCGAUCUAUCUAGAAUACUACUUCAACUUUUUGAUCUACUUCGAGCUUUUCCAAAUACAUUAGCUCAUUCGGAAGCCCGCUUGCAUGCAUGGUGGCACUUUAUAUGUUGUUUACCUUCCGACCUACUUAGCGAUGGUUUUAGAAAGUUUUUAUCUCCUUUUUUGGCAAACCUUUUGGGACGUUAUCUGAGCAUCAGUGCUCCUCAAGGAAGUUCUCAGUUUCAUCCAUACAAACUCAGUCAGGGGAGUGUACACGAGGGGAAUGUGAAGGCAUUGGAAUUAAUUCAGCAUGUAUAUAGCUGUUUUUUCGAUGAAUCUUCAGUUACAUUUCAUCAUUUAAAUGUUCCACGUUUAUCUGUCAGCAGCCAACUUUUGGUACAAAACAGUUAUCCCAUAUUGGUUAGCUUGCUAUACUGGAUACGUGUUGUUUCUAAGUAUCGUCACUCAUCAACUCCGAAGAAACUGAAAAUCCCUUCACAUUGUUUACCUUCUCAGACCGUUGAUGAAAUUUGGUUUGGCUGUAUAAAUCAUUUACUAAAAAUAUCAAAACCUCUUGAUGGACUUCCAGUUCAUAAAAAAAUUACACCAUUCCAGUCUCCAUCGCUGUCUGUGCAUGUUUCCAGUCCUAAUUCACCGCUCUUACUAACUGUUUGGCAAAAUGUUAAAACUGUGACCUGUGAACUAAUCCGGCCGAGUGCUUUAUCAUUAUCCUCUGAUCCAGAGAUAAUGAUAAGUUCUCCAUCUCCUAUGGAAAGCCUGAACAUAAUUCACAAACUUAUGCAGUUAUUGGAAGAAUUUAAACUUCCAGAUAAGGAAAAGGUGGAUUUAGUAUCUUCUCUAUGCUUGAAAUCUGCUGAAUUAGGAGGCUCUUGGUUAAAAGAGAUUCCUAAACCUAAAAGUUUACACGCUACAAAAGAUGAUUUUCACCGUUGGGCUACUCUAACCAUUCGACUAAUUGAUUUGGAUCCCCGUUUGAACAUAUCCAAUACAUCAGUCAUGACACGUGGAUUACGCUUUACUGGAGAAAACAACUUUCUCGGUUUGAUUCGUGCACUUGUAGCUGCUCUCCUACCAGAUUUUGUGGAUUUUAUAACUUCAAGAUCGCCUUCAGAGUCAAGUCUUUACGAUGACUCAACCCAACCACUUGCUUAUAAAAAUCCAAAGGUGUAUUUUUCCCGGACGCUUUACGAAUUUGGUCGGUGUUAG